AUGGACUUAAAGGAAUUCAGGAAAGUGAUUGGUGAUCGAGUGUUUAAUAUUAAGGAAGAACCCAUAGAAGCUGAAAGGUGGUUAAUAAGUAUGAGAGAGGAGUUUAAUGCACAUUUAUUGGUUGAGGAAGAUAGGGUACGCUUUGCUGUGUAUAUGUUUCACGGUAAUGCAGAUGAUUGGUUGAAUUCAGAGAAGCGAAUGAGAAAUGUGAUGGAUAUAUCAUGGGCACAGUUUGAAAAUUUGUUCCUUGACAAGUAUUUUCCGCCUAUAUCGAGAUCCUUGAAGUGUGUCGAGUUUGCAGUGUUGAAGCAAGGAGAUAUGACGGUCACACGACUAGACAAGAAAUUUUAUGAUCUAGAACGUUACGGGAAACACUUGGUCGAAACUGAAAAGGCGAGGGCUCGAAAACUUGAGGGUGCUUUGAAGGAUGUGAUUCGUGAUAGAGUUGUUGCAGUUGGCCUAAAGGCAUACAAUGAGGUUCUUAAUUCUGCAUUAGCGAUUGAGGCUAACUUGAUGCAAAGUCAGAAGAAAGAGAGAGAAGAGCGAAACCAAAAGAAGAAGUCUAAGGAGUGA